AGAUGACACAAUGACCUAUGAGAGAGAUAGUUGAAGAGAGCAAUGAAAGAAGAAAGAGAUGUGCACUUGAUUGCUGCUUGCAGGGCCAUGGCGGCAGCGGCGGCUUACUCUCCGGCACAACCAACUCCUUCACGUUUCUCCUUCUCUGUGAAUUCAACUUGGGGUGGAAGCCUCAGUAGGCCUUCGUCCCUAAACAUAUUGAACAUUGUCGUCCUUCUCCGGUUUUUAGUAUUUGUCUUCUCAUUUGCGUCUGCCCUAUCUUUAGCAGCUCCUUCCCAGAAGAACAGAGGAGGAGAAUCUUCCUCUUCUUCAAGCUUCUACAAACACUCAGAACUCUUGUAUUUCUUCAUGGUGACCAUAUUGGUUUUCAUUUAUUCAGCAUACCAGCUAUUCAAAGGCGUGUAUGAUCUUGCCUUUAGUGGCACACUCAUUUCAUCGGUGGCUUCGGAUUACAUUAGCUUUGUUCUCGAUCAGCUGGGAAGCUACCUUAUCGUUUCGGCCACUUCUGUGGCAAUCCUGACUGUAGAAAAUGUUCGACGUCACCCGCCUUUCUGGAAGGCAACCGUUGCGUCAAUCGUUAUGUCGUGGGUUUCGUUUCUGAUGAUGGUUGUUUGUUCGGCCUUUUCUGGGUAUAAACUCUAUAAGAGGAUCAUAUGGUGAUGCAAAAAUAAUUGCACUAGCCACUAAUAAAUCAAAUUCAAAGAAGAUAACUUUCUAAAUUCUAACUCUUAUCUAGGGUGUAAACA